AUGCCAAUCCUUCAGCCUCCACCUCUCCCAAUUCUUCGCGAUUCUCUUUCCUAUUCUCGAUGGUCGAUUUGUGAUCGAAAUUCUUUUCUUCGCCUUUGCCGAUAUCGACCCGGAACUUUUGAUGAAGUCGCUGACGCUCAAAGGAUACAGCAUGAACAAGACAAGAAAAAAGUUCAAAUCAUCAGAGAUCCGGUUUCGAGCGAAAAUCAAAACGAAAUGUUAAACGAGAAUUUCCUCGAAACAACCUCACCACCUUUCUUGGAUCAAUCGAACAAGUUUCUCGUGAACAAUUUU